AUGCAGUGCGCCGAGCUCGAUCCCGGGAAUCUGUUCUUUCCUUCCGGGAAAACCGUUCCAGCAGCCGCGGAUUUGCCAGCCCUCGCCCCGAGGUGCAAGCUGUAUGAGGCGCCCACGAGGCGCCCGCGGGGCGGGGAGCCGGGCAACCUCGACAUGCCCUUCCCGCGCGGGGCGCCCACAGCGCACCUGCGGGCGGGCACUGGGCGGGGGCGGGGGCAGGGGCGUGGCGCCGACGCGGCGGGCCAUGCGGCGCGGGCCGCGGAGAGCCCGGCGAGGGCCUCGGAGGAAGCCUGCGCUCGUGCCCUAUGCAGUUCUUCCUUCCGGCUGGCAUUCUUUACUUACGCCACGGCCUUGCCGCAGGCGUCCGCACGCUGCCCGUGGCUUCGGUGA